GCAUUAACCUCAGACCAUAUCCAAUGUUGACCUCCUCAAAUCACUAAUCACUUGAGCUUUUCGCAGCAUUUUAUUAUUCUGCUUCUCUGGGGAAGUGAUGGAAAAGAUCCUAUUCCUGCUCUGUUUGUCAUCUGCUCUGGCAGAAAAGCUCUGUACACCAGACGCUUCAGAUGGCUACAAAGUUCGACUCAGCAUCAAAAGUGCCCUGGGAGAUCAGGCUUAUGUUUGGAAUGAAAAUGAAAUGUUCCUUUUCCGAGCAACUCUGGCUUUUGCAAUGAGGAGCAACUCCAGCGGCCAGGAAUAUGACGUGUCAAACAUCAUUGUAUGCAAUGAGACUCCCAGAGUGUCGUUCUGGUUUGUGGUGACGUCACCACUGAACACAUCACGCCUAGUUGAUAAAAAACUUGUGGAGGAUGCUGUAAGAAAGUCCAGGAAUCGCAUCAACAAUGCCUUUCUGCUAACUGAUAAGACUCUGGAGUUUAUCGGCAUCCCUCCCACGCUGGCAGCACCAGUCAACCCUGACACCCCUCCGUGGCUCAUUGUGUUCGGGGUGGUAAUAGGUGCUGUGUUUGCUGGCAUCAUUGUUCUGCUUGUGUCCUCUGUGGUCCAAAAGAAACGCAAAAAGAACGAAAAGACGAACAAUGAAGGCCAUGAUGAAGAGACGCGGGUGAAAACGCUGGAAAACGGCACUGCAAGUGAGGGUGUUUACAACAUGUCUUUUUCAGAUGAUGCAGGAUUCACACAGAUGUAAAUGUAAAACCCUUAUAUAAAAACUCUUCCAUGUAAACAAUAAGAUGGGAAAAAAGGAUAUUAAGCUGCUCCGUGUAGACUUGUAAGUUGAAGUUUAUCAUAAGUCUGGUGAUUUAAUACAUUUGAUUUUUUGCUGAACAUUUCAAUACUGCCAUUACCUGUUGCCUCAAAAAGAAACAAGCAUUUUUUUUUAAUGCCAGUACUUUCAUUUUCUAAAUGAAUGUAUACUUUCUGUAUAUGUUAUGUUUAGUAUAUAUAUGUUUAGUAAUGAUAAAUUAAACUGCUGAAUUACUGUGUGAAA